AAAGGGGCAAUAUCGUCAACUCAAACAAAAAAAAACCAUUUCUGCAAAAAAGCUUCACGGUCCACAACAACACGAGCCCCCUCUCUCUGCUUCUGCAAGAAUCUUAUAAACCCUUUUCUCUGUCUCUUCUUCCUCAAAGCUUAUCUCUUUUUUUUUUUCCUCUCACUCGAAAACCCUUAAAAAAAAAAAAAGACUCCAACUUUUCAAAAAAAAAAAAUGGCCUUCGAGCUACCAAACGAUUUCAGAUGCCCGAUCUCCCUCGAGAUCAUGUCCGACCCGGUUAUCAUCCAAUCGGGUCACACUUUCGACCGCGCCUCAAUCCAAAAAUGGAUUGAUUCCGGCAAUCGGACAUGCCCAAUCACCAAACUCCCCUUGUCCGAAAACCCUUCUCUGAUUCCAAACCACGCGUUACGAAGCCUAAUCUCGAACUUCGCUCAUGUCAGCCCCAAGGAGUCGCCACGUCAUCAGCAGGAACACUCUCACUCUCCGUCUCAACCCCUAAUCUCCACCCUCGUCUCCCGAUCGUCUUCCCACGAGUCAAAGCUCGAGUCUUUGACCCGACUCGUCCGUCUCACGAAGCGUGACUCGUUGGUACGGAGGAAAGUCACCGAGUCGGGAGCGGUUCGCGCGGUUCUCGACUGUGUUGACUCGGGGGACGAGGGUUUACGGGAAAAGUCUCUGUCUUUGCUUCUGAAUCUGAGUUUGGAGGACGAUAACAAAGUGGGUUUGGUCGCUGACGGUGUGGUGAGACGGAUAGUGGCGGUUUUACGUGCCGGGUCGCCGGGUUGUAAAGCGGUUGCCGCGACUCUGUUGACGAGUUUGGCCGUCGUGGAAGUGAAUAAAGCGACUAUUGGGGCGUAUCCUGACGCAGUGCCUGCUCUUGUUUCUCUUCUGAGGGUUGGGAGUGAGAGGGAGAGGAAGGAGUCCGCGACGGCUCUUUACGCUCUUUGUUCGUUUCCGGAUAAUAGGAAACGGGUUGUGGAUUGUGGGUCGGUGGGGAUUUUGGUUGAGGCGGCUGAUUCGGGGUUGGAGAGGGCGGUGGAGGUUUUGGGGCUUUUGGUUAAGUGUAGAGGAGGGAGAGAGGAGAUGAGUAGAGUGAGUGGGUUUGUUGAGGUUUUGGUUAAUGUUUUGAGGAAUGGGAGUUUGAAAGGGAUUCAGUAUUCGUUGUUUAUUCUCAAUUGUUUGUGUUGUUGUAGCAGAGAGAUUGUUGAGGAGGUUAAGAGGGAAGGUGUUGUGGAGAUUUGCUUUGGUUUGGAGGAUAAUGAGAGUGAGAAAGUUAGGAGGAAUGCUACUAACUUAGUCCAUACUUUGCUUGGGAAUCCAAUGGAUUCUUGAUUUUGGGAGUGUGAGAAGAAUGGAAGUUUAAAGGAUCAGGUUGUGGUGGUGGUGGUUUUGGGGAUUGUAGUUCUGUUGUUUUGUGUUUGUCUGGUCUGAGUAUGGAGGUAAGUUGGGGGUCUCCUCUUGUAGUUCAUGUACAAAGGAAAAGAAGAACAAAAACAAAAAGGUUUAGGUUUUCAUCAAAGUAAAAUGCAAAUGCUUUUGAAGGUUUUCGUUUUAUGUACAUUUAAAGAAAUAAAAAAAGGAUCAUACAGAUAAGUCUUCUUCAAGAAAAUUGUAAUCUUUCACCAUGUUUUGAUCAGUUUAGCAUUUCAUUUUCAUAGUGUUUAAUCACUUCUGAUAGAAGGCUUCUAUGUUAAACCUAACCCUUUGUUGCAAGUAUUCUUACAUGAACC